CUUCUGCCUGAACUCGUUCGUGAUGAGCUUCUUGCUGCCGCCGCCGCUGAUGGCAACCAUCUGCCUCAAGAACUUCUCCCUGAACCCGCUCGUGACGCGCCUCGUGCUCACGCCGCCGCCGCUGGUCUCGACCAUCUGCGUCAAGAACCUCUGCAUGAACCUGAUCGUGAUUACCCUCAUGCUGCCGAUGUCCCUGACGGUGGCGACUAUCUGCAUGAAGAGCUUCGACCUGAACCUGCUCGUGCCGAGCCUUGUGCUGCCGCCGCCGCCGUCGGUGGCGUUCUGCUUCCUGUUGUCGCUGAACGCCGCCUGGUCCACA